CUUGCGCGUCGUUUCCAACCCUUCCCGAUUAAUGUGGGCGCCGCCUCUGCCCGCCGCCUCUACAGUCAAAAAAACCUCGUUGGAGUCCAACAGGCGUCGGUGAGAUCAACCAUCUCAAUGACGUGCGACGCAGCUGCGGCAGCCAGUGGUGGCACCGGCCAGGCGAGCAUCCAGGUCGUUGUGAUUGGGGAUGCCGGCACCGGAAAGUCCACUCUCAUUGAAGCCAUCGCCACCGAGUCUUUCGUGGCAGAAGUACCCCAUUUACUACCUCCCGUCCAUCUCCCUUCCAACUCCUAUCGCUAUAGCGUUCCCAUCACUGUCGUCGAUACUUCAUCCAGGCCCGAGUACGAGGAAAAGCUGAUCGCAGAAUGCAAGGCCGCUGAUAUUAUAAUCUUGACGUAUGCCUGCAAUUGCCGUCCCACCCUUGACCGCCUGUGUACCUAUUGGAUCCCUGAACUCCGCCGAUUGGAGGUGAAGGUGCCAAUGCUUGUGGUCGGUUGCAAGCUGGACCUUCGGGAUGAUCGACUGCAUGUUCCUCUGGACCAGGUGAUGGAGCCCAUCAUGCACCAGUUUCGGGAGAUUCAGACAUGCAUAGAGUGUUCUGCCCUCAGACAGAUUCAGAUCCCAGAAGUCCUUGAUUAUGCUCAGAAGGCAGUUUUUCAUCCAACUGCUCCUCUAUUUGAUCAGGAGACAGAUACAUUGAAGCCUCGGUGUGCAAGGGCUUUGAAAAGGAUAUUCAUCUUCUUUGAUCAUGAUAGAGAUGGUGUACUAAAUGAUGCUGAACUGAAUAACUUCCAGGUUACAUGUUUUAAUGCUGCUCUCCAGUCAUCUGAAAUUAUGAGUGUUAAGAGGGUUAUUCAAGAUAAGAUACCCGAAGGAGUUGAUGACUGUGGGCUAACAUUAAUUGGAUUUAUUUGUCUACAUGUCCUUUUCAUAGAGAGGGGCAGCCUUGAAACAAUUUGGGCAGUCUUGAGGAAGUUUGGUUAUGAUAAUUAUCUUAAGCUCAGAGAUGAACUCCUUUCAACAACGCUAAACCUUACUCCAGAUCAGACUGUAGAGCUCAGUGUUGAAGCUCUGGAUUUCUUGAAGGAAAUCUUCCAUAUGUUUGACACCAACAGUGAUGGGGUUCUGGAUCUCUAUGACAUUGAUGAACUUUUUUCAACUACUCCUGAAAACCCUUGGUCUGAACAUCCUUACAAGAACACUGCAGAAAAGAUUGGUUUUGAAGGAUAUUCGCUUGAAGGAUUUAUUUCUCAGUGGGCUUUCAUGACACUUCAAGAUCCGAAGGCUAGUCUAGCUAACCUAAUGUACCUCGGAUAUACUGGUGACUUUGCUUCUGCAUUUCAUAUAACAAGAAAAAGGCGGUUAGAUCGAAAAAAGAAACAAACACGGAGAAAUGUUUUUCAAUGUUUUGUCUUUGGUCCUAAAAAUGCAGGGAAAACUGCAUUGCUAAAAUCAUUCAUUGGAAGGAAGUUCUCAGAGAAGUAUUCUCCCACAAAAUCUUUCCGCUUUGCAACAAAUGUUGUUGAUCUUCGCAAUGGCACUAAGAGGACACUUGUAAUGCGAGAGGUACCUGAACAGGAAGUGAAAAACCUGCUUUCCAAUAAGGAGUCUUUGGCAGCAUGUGAUAUAGCUGCAUUUGUGUAUGACAGUUCUGAUGAAAACAAUUGGAAGAAAGCCAGAGAGCUGCUAGAACAAGUUGCUUCUCAUGGAGAAAACACUGGUUUUGAAGUUCCUUGCCUUGUCAUUGCUGCAAAGGAUGACCUUGAUCCUUAUUCUUUGUCUGUAGAAGAUUCAACCAGGGUAGCCUUUCAAAUGGGAAUUGAGUCACCUAUACCAGUCAGCAUGAAAUUAAGAGAUCACAAUGUCUUCUACAGAAUAGUGAAUGCUGCACAACUGCCCCAUCUAAGCAUUCCUCAGACUGAGGAUGGCAAAAGCCGCAAACAAUACCUUCGUUUUAUCAAUCAGUCUCUUGUGUUUGUCUCAGUUGGAGCUGCAGUUGCGGUUGCAGGAUUGGCUGCUUUUCGGAUUUAUGCAGCAAGAAAAAACUCCUCAGGCUGAUUACACUAAUCAUAAACGCUUCAUUAUUUAUCGCAAUGGAGAAAGGUGCUAUUCGUUCUCUUUGUAUCUUUCUCAAUUCAUCAUUUUUGGACUAGUUGUACAGAGCACUCCCAACUAUACAUGGCACCCCGAGUCAUAGUUAUCGAUCAGUACACCUCGUUAGUCUUUAUACCUGAGUUUGUAGUAUUUUUUCUCGCCUCAAGGAGUCUCUAAUAAUGUUUCAGAUGGGAUCAACUGAACAAAAACAUUGUAGAUAUAAUUCGCUCGACUCAUUUGGAUGGCUCGGGUUGCUAAAAUGUCAAUAUUCUGAUUAUUGAGUAGUUUAUACUCCUGAAGCAUGUUUGUAUACUUCUAUUGUUUACUGCGGUCUUCAUCUGUUUAACAAAUCCCUUUAAUUAGGAAGAUGUUCCAAGAGAACAAACUGCUCUUUACUUAAAGAACCUGAUGCUCUCUUUUCCUUCUUUUUCACAUAUCUUCCCUUUUGACCAACUCCACUAACUUUCAAAGUACACUAGCUUUCAAUUGUUCACUUUGGUGUCGUUGUCGGUCAACUUUUGAACCAAAAUUUGUUUCAAAAUCAUACAAGUAUCAACGUUAACCCUGAUUAAACUUCCAAACAUAUAAACCAAGAAGAACCUUGUCCUUCUUCAGGGCAUCGUCCUUUGCCACAAUAUCUAUACCACUGCAACCACAUGCUCUACGUAUACUCUUUUCUUUUCCCUUGUCAUUUUCCUCACAAUCAGUUUACCUCCUCAAGACUAUCGUGUCCUCUCUACAAACAUCUUGAUAGAAAUAAGGAUGACAAUUUUCUUCGAAUAUGAUAUUCAAUCCGAAUGAAAAAGGAUAUAAAAUCUUUUUUUUAGAUUUAAUUAAAUUAUCAGAUAAUUGGAUAUAGAUAAUAAGGUAUAUAAGUAGGUCUAGUACAAUUCUACCCAUAUUCGACC